CAAUACAAACGGACAGCUCCUGCACACAUUUUAACAAUUGACAAAAUGCCAUUUUUCAGUUUCUGAGCCCUCCAAACCUGUCAGAUCUCAUUGAACACUUGUAACAAUUGGCGAGAACAGAAUGAGAGUUGGAUAAUUGAGUUGGAACUUAUUGUUAUGAGUAGGUCAGAGAGAUUUCGUUGGAAAAUCUGUCUGGAAAUUUGUCCAACUGGUAGUAUAUGGUUAUGGAAAUUGCCUUCUCUGUGGUACUUUUAUUUGUGGGAGUGGCAGUUUUGGUGGUGAUUCAUGUUUGUAUUGUUGGGAGGGCAUUCAGGAGAGAGUAUGAAGAUGGCGGCUUGGUUCAAAUAAGCAGCAACAAUGGAGCCAAAAAGAUGUCAGAUGAGGACCUGAAGAAGCUACCUAGCUUUGACUACAAGGCAGCAGAGAAAGGGAGCAGCCCCGUGGAUUGUGUUGUUUGCUUGGAGAAUUUCAGGAAAGGUGACAAGUGCAAAUUGUUGCCAAACUGCAGGCACAGCUUCCAUGCUCAAUGCAUAGACUCCUGGCUGUUGAAGACAUCCAUUUGUCCUAUCUGUCGAACUUCUGCUGAUCCAUCAAAAGUUGGGAUGAUCUUAGGAGAGGAAAGAGGCGUUUCAAGCCAUGAUGAAGUUGAAUUGGUGUAGAGUCAAAAAAAAAAAAAAAAAAAAACCUCUCCUGUUUGGGACUGAAUUGAGCUCUAACAUUUUCAUUCUGCAAUGCAGAUGUGGGGUUCCAAGCAGUUCUUUUUUCUGCAAUUUUUUUUUUCCAGUGAGUUGUAGAUUACUUUCACUAAGAUAUUUACCCUUUGUCAUUUCAUGCGGUAACAAUUUCGGGUAAGAGUUUGCUUUUGACAAAUCAAAUCAAUUACUAUAUGAUUCCUGUUUUAACCGAUCA